AUGCCGGUAUCCACUUGUUCUAAUAGCAAUGUACAAUGUGUGGAUCUGAUUGCACGGUACAUCCCCCUCAUAGAAUCCAUCAGGGUUGUUGCUAGCAAUUUUGUCACGCUUCUUGCUCAUCCCUGCCUUCUACUUCACGGCAAAAUAUGGAGACCAGGCUGGAUGAUACUGCUUGUGUCAUUCUUGGGCUUAACAAAUGGUUACCUCACCGUCUGUGUCCUCACAGCAGCUCCUAAAGGUUACAAGGGCCGAGCAAAAUGCACUGGGCAACAUGAUGGUGUUUUUUCUUCUGGAGGAAUAUUUGCAGGGGUUGCUCUUGAUUGGUUAUGGCUUAUCGGCAAUGGGACAUUUUGA